AUGAAAUCUACAAGAUGGAUACUCAAGGAUCUCUUAUCCAGGCACCGUGUUAAAGCGUUCAAUAGCUUGUUCUCGAGACGACUUCCUACACCGAAUGCAACGAAGCAACUUCAAAUAGGUGAACAUUUUCUUUUCUUUCCGCCACCAUUUGAAAAGUUUGGUAAAGAUGGGUAUUUCAACUACCAAAGCCCCGCCAUACUAUUGGAAGACCCCAAGUUACAAUACCGCAGAAGGGUUUGGGGUCAAGGCGAGCUUAUCCAGUAUUCGCCCAUCAACUUAGACCAAGAAUACAUAUGCCAAGAAUCGAUUAAAUACAUAAAGAAGUUGCGGAACGAGCAUGUCGUUUGUAUUGAAAGGGCCCUUCUACAAAGUCACCUUGAGAAAAGGACUAACAAGAGUGACAUCUGCUUAUUGGAGAGAAGAAUCUUAAUGUAUACAAACUCACUACCAAACAAGGCUCCAACAGACCCCCCGGCAGAAAGAGUGGGGUACAAAAGCUUGGGGAAUUUCACUGUUACUGAUAUGGACAUCAUAGCGUAUGGGCAAUUGUCUCUAAAUCCACAUCGAAUACAUUGGGACAAGGAAUACUGUCGCCGAGUUGAGGGGUACGAAGAUAUCAUCAUGCAAGGUCCCUUUUCAAUCCAGCUAUUACUGAAAUGCAUCCAGCCGCUUUUGAGAAAGCCUAUUACACAACUGCGGUAUCGCAAUUUAAAUUAUAUCUAUCCAGGAACAACUUUGAAUAUAUGUCAAUCUUUGAAUUCUUCGGCCCACAAACAGACGUUCCAAGUCAGAGACCUCCAGGAAAAUAGUAUAGUAUACUUGACCGCGGAAAUUUGCUGCUAG